AUGCCACCGACGGGACAGGACUACGGCGCAGGGCCUCCUUUCCCGGGCCGGACCCUCGGCGAGUCAGAUGUCAGUCUCGACUCUGAUCUUGAUCUGAUUCCAAUUCCCCAGCAAGAGGACGGCCCUGCAGCUCACCCUAUUCCAGAUGAGUUUCAGAUACCUGGAUCUGAUCCUAUGUUGGCGCCUUCUCAGAGACAUUCCCCAUCGUUGAUGAACAAUCAUGACCAACGGCAAUCUUACGGAGAAGGCCCUCAAGCGAACCCUGCCGAGACCCAAGUGAAGUUCUAUUUAGACGCACUCGAUGCCACGAUCACCCAAUCGCAGGGAGAAAUUGACCUAGGAGAAAUCAGGCGGCGUCUGCAUAUGAUGGUCGUGGGCAUUGACUCGUUGUUAGCCAGGAGUCUACCUUCCAACAUGCCUCCCGCUCCUAGUCCUCUACCUUGGGAUCGGCCCCUUUCUCCUAGUCAGGUAAAGCCAGAAUCUGAAGACCUCAAGGCUUCAGAAAACUCGAAGUGCGUUAAAGCUCUCUAUCAGUGCCGGCUAUGUUCUCCAAGAUGCAUUUUCGCUACCAAGGCAACAUUCAAGCUACAUAUCACAGUCGUCCAUACGUCAACGCUAUGGCGCUGCUAUCAUGAGACUUGUGGCAGGAAGUUCUCUCAAAGAGAGAACUUGCUCGAGCACCUUCAUCAAUCUCAUGAGAAAUCAGGCUCCACCGGUAACUUGAUCCGUGAUUGUCGUGUUCCAAAGUUUCCGGCCUCUUGUGGGAUAUGCCACAUCGGCGUCAACACAUUUGACGAAUACUUCGAAUGCAUGUGUGCCCACUGUCGCUUACCACCCGAUAGCUCGUCAGGGGAAGAUGGCCAUGGCUCACUUGUUUCGCACCCUGCACCUCCUGAUAUGGUCGCUCCGAUGACUGGAACAUGGUACGAAGCGCCAUUUUUGGGGUUAGAAGCCCGCGAGGAAGCGGUAUCCAUGCAGAAAUUUCCUUUCAGCUAUACACAAGGGGUGCCUGUGACGCCUUCCAUUGGCCCUCGAUCAGGUCUAUCAUUUCCAGAUUCCGCAUACGGCGGGUCAUGCUUCACAGGUUCCGCAUACGCCGGACACAUGCACAGAGAUCAAGAAGUGCCACUUCAUUACAAUGUUGGCCAGACCAAAGCGAUGUUGGAAGGUCUACUAGCAAGCCAUCUGCCGGUUGGGCCAGAUAAUGAUGGCAACAAAGCAAUGGAAUCAGACGAGGAUGGCGGGGAAUCUGUCUACUCAGAGACGUCUAGUACUUCCGAGCCAGUGAAAGAGGACUAUAUUGCUGUGUUUGCCGAAGACAUUGCUAGAAUAACUCGACCGCUUCAGCCUAAUAAAGAGGUUUUGGAGAGGAUUUUCGAAGUCCUCCCACUUCUUCUCAAGACAUUCGCUCUAAGCUUAGGGGACGCCAAAUCGAGUCAGAUUCACCGGAAUGUGAUGGUCUUUCUUCAUAAGCGCAGAAUGGACAUCUGCGCAGCGCUCAUGAAUCGCUUAUGCGAACAGGUCGAUCAAGAAGAAGAGGAUAAUGGCUUCGAGCUUCGAACCUCAGGGAGAAUACCCUUGGACGACCAAAGUAAAGUGUCUCCCGAGCGAAGCGCUGAGCCAUGUGAGCCACCUGAAGUGGACAAUCAAUUCUAUGGAUACAUCGACUCCGAGAGAACUGACACCAGCGCGGAGAGCAGACUACCGGAGCUGGAAGUUUAUCGAUACCUUAUCCGAAACAGCCCAUCGUACAGUUGGCUUUUGGGUAUUCUUCGAAGAGAAUGUGUACUUGCGCCAUCAGAACCGAACGCCAUGGAGCAUAUUCGAGACACGAUCCUCGCUUUCCUCCCUGUCGAUCCUGUGGUCAGCAGAAGAAGACCCACGCAAGUAUUUGAGGCCUUUAUGCUGAUAAGCUGGGAUCCUGUUGCCUUCUAUAUUCAACAGGGAUACACUGAGAACCUGAAGGAUGCAACUGAGCGAGCGAUCACCUUGACAGGUUCGCGCCAGUCAACACAAGCCGUUACCUGCAGCGAGUAUAUGCGUCAGACGUGGCCAUCCACGGGAGCUAAUAUUCUAGAAUUGGUGACAAGCCUGGCUUCCAGUGAAUACUACAGACAAUUCGCCAGCGCAAACCCCGAGGCCGACCAUCACGUCGUGGUCCUACCAGAUGGUACCAUGGUUAAAGCCUUUCGACCACUGCAUUACAUACGGAAAGGCUCUAUUGUAUGGAUAAAAGUCAGCGGACUGGCUGAUUCCAUCGCCGAAGUCGGGGAACAGCUUGCGUGGUUGGGGUCUGCUCUUCGCUCGUCGCCUGUUGACUCGGGGAUCGCCUAUUGUCGACCUUUUGUGAAGCGCUUAAGCGACGGGACAGCGUCAGAGAACCUCGGUCCAGAUUCGCCACGCUUUUUUGAAAUAGACUUUGAUAUUCAGACACGGGAAGCCCUUCCAGAGAGCGGCGAUGGACGCUGCUGGCAUGGGCUCUUUAGAGACCCGGUUGUUGUCGAGGGGUAUCCUACGCCCCGUAGGCCUGAACCCGAUCCAGGGCUGGAGAUCCCUCUCCAUAUCCUAGCGGGACUUACACAAGCGCGACGGGCAAAUACCUUCGAUGGGAAGACUGUCCUAAAGGGAUUCUCUGUGAUGCUCAUCCCGACCAAGUUCUCCAACGACAUUGUCAUGUGGCACAUGUUGCACACAGAUAAAGACAAGCGUAUUCCUUAUCGUGAGACGGAAUCAUUUGCCCCCAUCAAACUCUCCAGCACAGACCUGGAAAAAUCCAGACACAUUCUGGGGUGGUGUUCUGAUAUGAAGCUUUGUGCCGGGACAUCCGAAGCUUGUUAUACAGUGCAAGCCACUAGACUUCAAUAUCCUACUGCAAACAGUGCGCUUGCCAAUGUUUCCAUUUCGAUCGGACACCUCAUUCGCGGAGGUACUCCAUUCAGUAUUGGCACCAAGGAUCUUCACCCGCGCCGAAGCUGCUACGUUACUAAAAUGAGAUGGAUCUCUCAGAGAUUCAUAGUCCUCUGGGAUGUGGAAGCGAAGCGAGGCUGGCUGGUAAACGGGGCCAGCGCGCUACUCCAUCUGCUUCGAGCCUCGCUGGAAGAGGAGAAACGAAGCAAGUUUGGUCGUCGAUCGUUAUUCAACUCGGAAGAACUACAAGAGGCUGCUGAACCUUAUCGACAUGAGUCGGCCCUGGAUGUACUUCUCAGCGAAGCUAACAUGCAACUCAGGAUUUAUGCUGAGAAAGACGGCUUUAUCUAUCUCCAAGACCGAGUUGAAGACUUCUAUGACCAUCUGGAGACGAUACUCGAUUAUCAGCUUCGGUCUGAUCAUAGUCAAGUCCCUCGGUCAUGCUUGGAUGGCUGGGAUUUCCAUGAUCUAGCGACAGAAAAAGACCCCGUUUAUCCUCGUCGAGCAACGAUUGACCCUCAGGGGAAAUCCUGGAUUGAUUUGACAAGCUCCAUUCACGCUGUCACAUUGCUUGGACGAAAUUUUGGGGAGAUUAUCCAACCUACCAGCUCAAUCUGUCCUUCGUGGGCGUCUCUACCGAAGGGAAAGUCAUAUCUCGCGGUAUCUUUGGCCGAUCUACGAAGUGUUAUGGAAGCAUAUGGCGGAGACCCUUACGAGACACCGGUGAGACUCACCAAUAACUUGGUGUGGUAUACGGCGGAGUCCACUGCGAUGGAGUGCCGGUGUCUGGAGAUCCAGGACGGCAGCCAUUCUGACCUUGCCCAGGUUGUUCUUCCCUCGAUGUUGAGUGGGGAUCUGAAUGACAGCUUCAUAUCGUGUAAGAGAGACCAAGGUGCGGUAUUCUUUGGGUUUAACAGCAACCAGCAGUGGUAUUGGAAGGACCACGGACAUCCCUCGUCGGAGGCAGGAACGGGUCACGUUUCAACUCCUGAGAAGAUUCCCAAGCAUACAGCAGAUAGCGGGUUUGACAGCCCAGGGACGACGCCUUUCCGAGAUAGGCAGUGGCUGGGAAUGAGUCGACUUUCCGACAAUCCAGAAACGACACAUCGGAAGUUCACCCCUCUCUCCCUGCCUCGCAGAGAGAGGGGACAUUUCUCCGGAGACUAUACAGUGGGGAUAUAUGCGCUUGCCAUAAAGUUCAGCUGUUCGCGCUCUCUUCGAUGA